AUGACCUCCAAGGACGACUCGAAUUGCCCGGCGGUGCUGGAGGAGCGAAGGCGCAGCCCGCUGGAUCAGCUCCCGCCGCCGGCCAACUCCAACAAGCCGCUGACGCCUUUCAGCAUUGAGGACAUCCUCAGCAAGCCGUCGGUGAGAAGGAGCUGCUCCCUGAGCGGAGCGACGCAACUCCUCUCCCCCGGAGAGAAGCUGGCCUCGGCGUGUCACAGCCUGUCCGGCCGGGCGCUGCUCAGCCAGACCUCCCCGCUCUGCGCGCUGGAGGAGCUGGCCAGCAAAACCUUCAAGGGCCUGGAGGUCAGCGUCCUGCAGGCUGCCGAGGGCCGAGACGGUCUGACGGUCUUCGGCCAGAGGAACACCCCAAAGAAGCGGCGGAAGUCCCGCACGGCGUUUACCAACCACCAAAUCUACGAGCUGGAAAAGCGCUUUCUGUACCAGAAGUACCUGAGUCCGGCAGACCGGGACCAGAUCGCCCAGCAGCUCGGUCUGACCAACGCGCAGGUCAUCACUUGGUUUCAGAACCGGCGGGCCAAGCUCAAGCGGGACCUGGAGGAGAUGAAAGCGGACGUGGAGUCUGCCAAGGCCGCGGGCGCCGUGGCCUUUGAGAAGCUCUCCAAGCUGGCCGAGCUGGAGAAAUGCGCGGCAGGGGGUAUGGGCGGAGGGAUGGCGUCCGCUCUAGGACACACCGAGCCCGGCCCGGUGUCCUCCAGGUCCUCGCACGACGCCACCGCCGAGAGCCCCGACUCCGCUGGGCCGCGCACGUCGCCCUCUUCCCCCGUGUCGCCGUGGCACACAGACCGCCUGAGCGGCGAGUUCUGCUCGGAGGAUGAAGAUGAGGAGAUUGACGUGGAUGAUUAA